CUCUAGGGGUACUAUCAUAUUUUUUGGCCAAAUUUUAAAUUCAUAAAAAAAUUUUCCAAAUUUGACAUGAAUAUUUAUAUUUGCAUGUAAAAUCCUUUGUAGAAGUUUCAUGUCAAAAACUCUUGUCAAUAAGGGUUUGAGCGCAGCCUCAACUACUUAUCUUCAUCGACUCAUCCUCUAUCAGCCACACACUGCCACUGACCGCGAUCCAUCCCUCCAACCGCCACUGGCGGCGGCCCCACAACCUCCGUCUCCGCCAACCUGCGGGAGACCCCACGACCUCCGUCUUUGCCAAAUUGCCGGCGACAACAUCAAGCUGCAUCUGUGGGCAGCCCAGCAACGCCCAGCAAGAACGAAAGUGGAGGGUGGUAUGGUCUCCGGGCGUCCCACUGGUUUCCUUCUUUUCCGGACGGCCCACGAUGACCGGCGGAAACUCCGGUUGUCGGUACAUCUCAGCAGUGGCGGCCCGUGCAGAAACUACGGCAGUUGCCUUCGCCAUUGUAGCCUAAAUCCGAUCACAUUAUGAUCAUCAUAAAAUUGUCAGUUUAAUUGAGAUAUUGAAGUGAAUGCAAAGUCUUGUCAAUGUUCACUUUAAUAAAUAAAAAUGGCUAGCACAAGUUUAACGUAAGACUUCGGAGCAUGUUUGUGUGGAUGCAUAAGAAGCUUUAUGCAUUUGGUGCUAUGCUACUCUCCUCAACGCCUUCGUUGUCACUUUGCCAAUAGAAAUAUUUGUUUCAAGGUAUUCUUCCGUACUAUAACUUUUAACUCACCUAAGUUCUUUGGUGAUAAUGAUGUUUGGUCUCAAUUUUAAUUUUUGUUGUGUAAUCCAAGUCUUGUUUCCUAACUAUGGUACCAAAGCUCGCUUACAAAAUUACUAGUGAAAUAAAUUAUUCUUUUGCCCCGUCGCUUGCUUAACAUAA